AUGCUUCAGGACAGAGCAUCUCAACCCGAAAUAAUUAUCAAGGACGAGGACGAGGAUGAGGAGAACCCAUUCGCCGGCGUCAAUCAGGAUUAUCGGAAGCUUCAACGAGCAACUCGUAAUCGAGAGCAUAUGUUCAUGGCUGAGCCCGAUCAGUCCGCGAUCGAUGAGCGCUCGCAUCCAUAA